CCGGACGAGAGGAAAGUCUCGGCUCCGCGGAGGGGGGGAAAAGAAGGAGCUGGAGACAGCUUGUGGGAUCGAGCGCGGGCGGGCGGGAGGCGACGGAGCUACCAGCGGCUCCGCUCUGCUAUAUGAAAUAUGGGAGACGACAGACCGUUUGUGUGCAAUGCCCCGGGCUGUGGACAGAGAUUUACAAACGAGGACCACCUGGCAGUUCAUAAACACAAGCAUGAGAUGACAUUGAAAUUUGGCCCAGCCCGAACCGAUUCAGUCAUCAUUGCAGAUCAAACUCCUACUCCGACUAGAUUCCUGAAGAACUGUGAGGAAGUGGGGCUCUUCAAUGAACUAGCUAGCUCCUUUGAACAUGAAUUCAAGAAAGCUUCAGAUGAGGAGGAAAAGAAGGCAAGAGGCAGAUUUUUGCUGAAAAACUGUGUGACUGUUACUGGGCCCCUUGACAUGUCUCUGCCUUCCACACCAGACGUCAAAAUUAAAGAAGAAGAACCAGUGGAGGUGGACUCAACCCCUCCUGACAGUCCAGCUUCCAGUCCCUGCUCCCCGCCACUCAAGGAAAAGGAGGUUACCCCAAAGCCUGUAGUGAUCUCUACUCCCACACCUACUAUCGUAAGACCUGGCUCCCUGCCUCUCCACUUGGGCUACGAUCCACUUCACCCAACCCUUCCCUCCCCAACUUCUGUCAUCACACAAGCUCCACCAUCCAACAGGCAACUGGGGUCUCCCACUGGCUCCCUCCCUCUUGUCAUGCAUCUUGCUAAUGGACAGACCAUGCCUGUGCUGCCAGGGCCUCCAGUACAGAUGCCUUCUGUUAUAUCGUUGGCCAGACCUGUGUCUAUGGUGCCCAACAUUCCUGGUAUCCCUGGCCCACCAGUUAACAGCAGUGGUUCCCUUUCUCCGUCUGGCCACCCUAUGCCAUCAGAAGCCAAGAUGAGACUUAAAGCUACCCUAACCCACCAAGUCUCCUCAAUCAAUGGUGGUUGUGGAAUGGUGGUGGGUACCGCCAGCACCAUGGUGACGGCCCGACCAGAGCAAAGCCAGAUCCUCAUUCAGCAUCCUGAUGCUCCAUCCCCUGCCCAGCCACAGGUCUCUCCAGCUCAGCCUACUCCGAGUACUGGAGGGCGAAGGCGACGCACGGUGGAUGAAGACCCCGAUGAGAGACGGCAGCGCUUUCUGGAGCGUAAUCGGGCUGCAGCCUCGCGCUGUCGUCAAAAGAGGAAGCUGUGGGUGUCCUCCCUCGAGAAGAAGGCUGAGGAACUCACUUCCCAAAACAUUCAGCUAAGUAAUGAAGUCACAUUACUACGCAAUGAGGUGGCUCAGUUGAAACAGCUGUUGUUAGCUCAUAAAGACUGCCCAGUCACUGCACUACAGAAGAAGACCCAAGGCUAUUUAGAAAGCCCCAAGGAAAGCUCAGAGCCAACGGGUUCUCCAGCUCCUGUGAUUCAGCACAGCUCAGCAACAGCCCCUAGUAAUGGCCUCAGCGUUCGCUCUGCAGCUGAAGCUGUGGCCACUUCGGUCCUCACUCAGAUGGCCAGCCAAAGGACAGAACUGAGCAUGCCCAUACAGUCACAUGUGAUCAUGACCCCACAGUCUCAGUCUGCGGGCAGAUGAUGCCUCCCCUGGUGGAGAGGUCCCCAGCCAGAGCUCGCCCGCCCGAAGUCAAGAGAGAUGUCAUCCUAUCCCUCCGGUCUGCCUUGCACAUGGCAGUAUGGAGGAAAAUUUGUGUGUUGUGAGUAAUGGACAGAUGUGGGGCUUUUCUCUUUAGCCUCAGGUCAUGUAUGUUGACACCUAGGAGUGUACUAGGAGCCUCCCAGCCCCAGAGUCACAUAGAUCACCCCCCAAAGUGGGGGUUUCUUAUGUCCCCAUAGCCAAAGGCCUUUCCAGAUGGUUCGAACAAUCACCCCUGCCCCCUGCACGUGUACUUGUCUCUUUAACACUAACCCUUACCCUUCCUGGUUUUGGGUUUCUCAGUCCCCUUUCUCCCCACACACCUCUGGCUGUUGGCUUCUUUUCCUUACCAGCAUGCUACUUUCUGCUAGGUAGAGGGAGGCUAGAGUUGAUGGCAUUAUCACCCACUGACAUCCCCCACUCACCUCACAGACUCAGGACUUUAUCUCCCAAUACUUAAUUUAUCCUUUCCCCUUCCUAAAUUCAAGUUAAAGCAUUCACUUAUGGAGAAUGCGAGGUUACUUUUGAUGUAUGAAGUAGCCAUAUUUUCAGUUAUUUUAUAAACUUUAUUCCUCUACCUGCUACCAAAAGACAAAAACGAAAAACAAAACCCAUGCCAUGAGGCUAGAAUGAUAGUACAAUGGGUAAGGUACUUGCUUUGCACACAUCUGGCCCAGGUUUGGCCCCUGGCACCUUUUACUUCACCUGAGCACUACCAGAAGUGAUUCCUGAGUGCAGAGCCAGGGUAACCCUUGAGCACCACCAGGGCUGACCUAAAAACCAAAAAACAAAGAGAAAAUAAACAAUACCAAAAAAAACCCAGUACCCCCUAAAAGGCUAAAAGUAAGAAAGGAAACCCCCCCAAAAUUUAACAUCCUUUUUCAUCUAUUUCCAGAGCUAUUGGUAGCUUGCUUUGUCCCUGGAGUUUUCCCAGUCUAGUAGUGGGACCUUUCUUACAUCCCACCUUGGCAACCUUGACUUGUGGCCUUAGUAGACAACUGCUUGCUGAUGCAAAGGGAAGGAGGCUGGAUCUGAAUCGCCAGUUCUCUCCCCUGCUCCCACUCCCUCCCUCUCAGCAAGCAGGUAAGAAUAUAGCUUAAAACUCGAAUCAGGUUUCUGGAUUGAUAUUUUUUUAAUGUUUUAAAAGGGUUUGCUGGCCAAAGCAUACAUGUUCCUUCUGGCCAUCUUUCCACUCUUGCCUUUUCCCUUCUUUCCUGUUUCUCUUCUCUAACUGGUUCACUGCAACCCUCUAGCGCAAGAGAUGGCUCAGAGCGCUGAAGUGCAUGCUUGCAUGCCUCAGGUUCAGUCCCUGACAGUACUAGGAGUGACCCUGAGCACUGAGCAGAGACUAGAUCCUAAGUACCAUCAGAUGUGCCUACUCCUCCCCCCAAAAAGACAAUACAGGAAAUAAAACAGAUUCAACCCUUCUGGAAACUA